AUGGCGUUAAAAUCCAAGGCUGAAAAGUCUCCGCGACAAAGUCGACAUCUCGACUUCAUCUCCCAGUACACAUCUGAUAUACAACGAACAAGCCGCAUCACAGUUGAUUUUAAAGGCCUUUUUCUAAAUUCCCUUAAAGUGGUGCACUUUAAGGGAAGUUUAAGGCUCCAGUUUAAGGGAAUUUGCUCGAAUUCCCGAUUAUUCGUGCUCGAAAAUGUCAAUUGGGACGUUAUAGAAAAAAAAAGAACAUUCUGCAACCGAGAGAACCAUUCCGCCUUUCAGUGUGACACCUUUCGAAACCUGCCUGUAAAUCAACGGUACGACAAAGUGAAAGACAAAGCACUUUGCAUAAAUUGCUUGGCGCCAGACCAUCGCGUACGAGAAUGCACCUCCAGCACGUGUCGUGUGUGUAAGCUGAAGCAUCACACUAUGUUACAUCGGACGCCGAUUGAACCAUCGUCUACGGUUGCCGCGAGUGUUCCUGAGAGUACGGUGACAACAUCAACGAGAGCAACAUCUUUUAUCGAACCGAACAAUACAGUGAUGCGGACCCCGACCGCAAACCAACCGGUGCCUACAACAUCUAUAUUGUUGCCAACAGUCCUGCUAACUGUCAUCGCAUCGAAUGGCAACAAAAUGAUCGCACGUGCAUUACUGGAUGGAGGAGCGCAAGUGAAUCUCAUCACCGAACGUUUAGUGCAAGGUUUACGAGCACAAAGGCUAAGAGAUCAUCUCGCGAUUGGAGCAGUGGGCAGAGGCAGCCAAACAUCAGCUCAUUCGGUAAAUGUGGUGAUUCAUUCGCAUUGUACUAAUUUUUGCUUUCCUUUAAGGUUGCACGUACUACCUGAGAUCAUGUGGAACCUUCUGUCAGUUAAGGUUGAUCAGCAACAAUGGGAACUACCACCGAACGUUAAGCUAGCUGACCCAACCUGUGCAGAGAUUGGCGCAAUCAAUAUGCUUCUCGGAAGGGAGAUGUAUAAUGAAAUAUUAUUGAACGGAUUAGUUAGGCUACGAUCGGGAGAAAAUUAUGUGUUUCUGCAAGAGACUUCGUUUGGAUGGGUAGUGUCGUGUCAAAAUCUAUGAUAUGCAGAAGU